CAUCCUUCACACAGGCUCGAGGGGAGAUGAUGGCGGCUGCGGCGGUGGCCCGAGCGGUGGUGUUGCCCGCGGUGCGGCGGGGGCUCUGCGGUUUCACCGAGAGGCUCCUGGCCGGAGGUGCUGCCGGGCGGUCACUAUAUUUUGGAGGAAACAGAUUGAGAAGUACACAGGCUGCUACACAAGUUGUUCUGAAUGUCCCUGAAACGCACGUAACCUGUUUGGAGAACGGACUCAGAGUGGCCUCUGAAGACUCUGGGCUCUCAACAUGCACAGUUGGGCUCUGGAUUGAUGCUGGAAGUCGAUAUGAAAAUGAGAAGAAUAAUGGAACAGCUCACUUUCUGGAGCAUAUGGCUUUCAAGGGCACCAAAAAGAGAUCCCAGUUAGAUCUGGAACUUGAGAUUGAAAACAUGGGUGCUCAUCUCAAUGCCUAUACCUCCAGAGAGCAGACUGUAUAUUAUGCCAAAGCAUUCUCUAAAGAUUUGCCAAGAGCUGUAGAAAUUCUUGCUGAUAUAAUACAAAACAGCACAUUGGGAGAAGCAGAGAUUGAACGUGAACGUGGAGUAAUCCUUAGAGAGAUGCAGGAAGUUGAAACCAAUUUACAAGAAGUUGUUUUUGAUUAUCUUCAUGCCACAGCUUAUCAAAAUACUGCACUUGGACGGACAAUUUUGGGACCAACUGAAAAUAUCAAAUCUAUAAAUCGUAAGGACUUAGUGGAUUAUAUAACCACACAUUAUAAGGGGCCAAGAAUAGUACUUGCUGCUGCUGGAGGAGUUUCCCAUGAUGAACUGCUUGAGUUAGCAAAGUUUCAUUUUGGUGACUCUUUGUCCACACACAAAGGAGAAAUACCAGCUCUGCCUCCCUGCAAAUUCACAGGAAGUGAGAUUCGAGUGAGGGAUGACAAGAUGCCUUUGGCACAUCUUGCAAUAGCUGUUGAAGCUGUUGGUUGGGCACAUCCAGAUACAAUCUGUCUCAUGGUUGCAAACACACUGAUUGGCAACUGGGAUCGCUCUUUUGGAGGAGGAAUGAAUUUAUCUAGCAAGCUGGCCCAGCUCACCUGUCAUGGCAACCUCUGCCAUAGCUUCCAGUCUUUCAACACUUCCUACACAGAUACAGGAUUAUGGGGAAUCUAUAUGGUUUGUGAACCAGCCACUGUUGCAGACAUGCUACAUGUUGUUCAAAAAGAAUGGAUGCGACUCUGUACAAGUGUCACUGAAAGUGAAGUUGCACGAGCCAAGAAUCUUCUGAAAACAAACAUGUUGCUGCAACUUGAUGGUUCCACUCCCAUCUGUGAAGAUAUUGGUAGGCAAAUGUUAUGCUAUAAUCGAAGAAUUCCCAUCCCUGAGCUUGAAGCAAGAAUUGAUGCUGUAAAUGCUGAGAUAAUUCGAGAAGUGUGUACCAAAUAUAUUUAUGAUAAGAGUCCAGCUGUUGCUGCUGUUGGUCCCAUUGAGCAGCUACCAGAUUUUAGCCAGAUUUGCAGUAACAUGUGCUGGCUUCAUGAUUAAAAUGCUCCUAAUAAACAUAUUUUGAACAUAUAUAUUUAUAAAACCGAGACCUGCAAGUCCUAAAGAAAAAAAAAAAUGAACAUCUAUACUGGUAAAUAUGAAUGAAAUACUAUCUCAGACUUUGAAAGAAUAAGACCACCACAAUGAAUGGUAGAUCUCUGAGCUCUGAGAAAUUAUACUGGAACAACACACUUUAAGUAUAGUUUUAAGAAUAAAAUUUUGUACAGUA